CAGCCAUACGCGUUCUCGAUAACAUUUCUCUCUUCUCCCGCAACAAAAACAUAAUAAUAAGAAUAGCUAUAAUAAGAAUAAAGACAUGUUAUAAUAACUAAUACUUGCGAUACCUACAGCUUGCUUAUAAGCAUAUAAAUGGCGUUAGUAGAUUAUUCUUCCGACUCGGACUCUGGAGCUGGGGAAACGGUGUCGGCAAGUGCAGCAGCACUACUACUGCUGACAGCAAAAAGGCAAAAGAAAUCUCACGAAAAGCCAUCAACGGAUUCCAUUACACUCCCGCCUCUCCCUGAUUCUUUCCAUGACUUAUACGCGUCCACCGUGCGGGUAAGCACAUCGGACGAUCCCGCGCUGCACCAGGGCCGGAAGCGCGUGAAUCCCCACCGAGCCGGCAGUUGGCCGAGCCACUUGUACAUCGAGUGGCACCCCACGGCCUCGCAGCGCACCAUCCUGUCCACACUGCUCUCGGAUCUCCAGACAGCGCUGACUCCCCUGUCUGUAGACGUCACGUCCUUCCUGACGUCGGACCUGGGCGCUCCGCAGCCGCUGCACAUCAGCCUGUCGCGGCCCGUCGUGCUGAGCACCGCGGAGAAGGACCGCUUCCUGGAGCAGCUGGUCGCGCGGAUCGGGAGCAGCGGCGUCGCGCCGUUCGACCUCGCGCCGCGCGGCUUGGAGUGGCACCGCACGAGCGAGUCCGAGCGCUCGUUCCUGGUGCUUAGGGUGGGAACUGCUGAUUCUGAUUCUGCUUCGGCUUCGGCUUCUGCUCCUGCGCCAGGUGGAGGGGAAACCAAGAAAAGGAAAGGAAAAGGGAAAGGGGGAGGGGGAGGGGGAGAAAGUAGUCCAAAGGAGGUAUCUAAACAUGCACCUACCUCCAAUAACCCACCUCCAACCCACCAGCAGCAGCAACAUAACCGCGAACUUUCCGCCCUCCUCCAACGAUGCAACGCCCUGGUGCAAGAACACGACCAACCGCCUCUCUACGCCUUCUCCAGCAACACCAACACCAACAACAGCAGUAGUAGCAGCAGCACCGGCGACGCCUUCCACAUCUCCCUAGCAUGGACCUUCGCCCCGCCCACGCCGGACGUCGCGCAGCGCACGCAGCGCGUGUUCGCCGCCGCCGCCGGCCCGCGCGCCGAGGUACUCGCCAUGCGGGUCCCCGUGCGCGGCGUCAAGGCCAAGAUCGGGAACGCCGUCACGUUUGUCGAGCUGCCGGUGCGCGGGAAGAGGGGUGGUGGUGUGGGUGGGUGAGGUGAGUGAAUGGUGGCGUAUGCUUGGGCUGAGAGAAAUGAAUGGAUGAACGAAUGACUAUUGUAUGUCAUGUCAUGGUAAUGUAAUGCCGAAGUCCCAGUUGUUUAGUAGAAUCUAGUUACGCACAGGGAAGACAUGGAAGA